AUGAAGAAUGUGAAGAUACCCAAGUGGCUUGAACAGUUGCCUUUGGCGCCUGAGUUUCGCCCGACCGACACAGAAUUUGCUGACCCAAUUGCUUACAUAUCCAAGAUUGAGAAAGAGGCGAGUGCUUUUGGUAUAUGCAAAGUGAUCCCGCCAUUGCCCAAGCCCUCAAAAAAGUAUAUACUUCGUAAUUUGAAUAGAUCACUCUCCAAGUGUCCCGAGUUGGGUUCUGAUGUAAGCCUUGUUAACGUAGAUAGUGGUGUGAGGCAUAACUGUGAUAGGACCGUGAAUAAUGGGGAGAAUAGGGCUGUUUUCACCACAAGACAACAAGAAUUAGGAUGUGAGAAGGGAAAGAAGGUAAAAGGUGCUGCUGAACCGCAAAAGCAAGUCUGGCAAAGUGGGGAGGUUUAUACUAUUGAGCAAUUUGAGGCUAAGUCAAAGAAUUUUGCUAGGAGUCUGUUGGGCACGGUUAAAGAUGUGAAUCCUAUAGUUAUAGAAGCUAUGUUCUGGAAAGCAGCGUCUGAAAAGCCCAUAUACGUGGAGUAUGCAAAUGAUGUGCCGGGCUCGGGAUUCGGUGAGCCAGAAGGUUCAUUGCGUUAUUUCGCCAGACGUAGGAGGAAAAGAAGGAAGAGGAAUUCAUUCGAUAGGAAUUUUGUAGGAAAAUCUAAUAGCAAGAAUGAUGGAGUAGAUGAAGUAAAUAGUACUAGAGAUGAGAAAGUUUCGGGCAGCCAGGAUUUUCCUAAUUUGAAUACAGUUGCAUCUUCAAAUUUAAUUCCUCCUUUUUGUGGCCGAAAGGAUUUUCAAGGUGGGGAUGAAAUGGAAGGUACGGCCGGCUGGAAGCUUUCGAACAGUCCUUGGAAUUUACAGGUGAUAGCUCGGUCUCCAGGUUCCUUGACACGUUUCAUGCCUGAUGAUAUUCCUGGUGUUACAUCUCCGAUGGUUUAUAUUGGGAUGUUGUUCAGCUGGUUUGCAUGGCAUGUAGAAGACCAUGAGCUUCACAGCUUGAAUUUCCUUCACAUGGGCUCUCCAAAGACUUGGUAUUCAGUCCCUGGAGAUUAUGCUGUCAAUUUUGAGGAGGCCAUUCGCGUGCAUGCCUAUGGAGUUGAUGCUGACCGGAUGGUCGCUCUAUCUCUCUUGGGGGAAAAGACUACUGUGUUGUCUCCUGAGGUCAUUGUUUCAUCAGGCAUCCCGUGUUGUAGGUUGGUGCAGAAUCCUGGUGAAUUCGUGGUGACUUUUCCAAGAGCUUACCACAUAGGAUUCAGCCAUGGUUUUAAUUGUGGGGAAGCUGCUAAUUUUGGAACACCACAAUGGCUUUCAAUAGCUAAGGAAGCUGCUGUUCGCAGAGCUGCCAUGAAUUAUCUCCCUAUGCUUUCUCAUCAACAGCUGUUAUACUUGCUGACAAUGUCUUUCAUUUCAAGAAUGCCAAGAUCCUUAUUGCCAGGGGUAAGAAGCUCGCGUUUGAAAGAUCGUCAAAAGGAGGAAAGAGAACUGUUGGUAAAGAGAGCAUUUAUUGAGGAUAUCUUGCACGAAAACUGUCUCUUGACUGUUCUCCUCCGAAGAAACUCCUCUUGUCGAGCAGUAUUAUGGGAUGUUGAAUCAAUGCCGUCAUCAGCUAAAGAGACUAAAGUCUACAUGGAGAAAAAUGCUGACAUAUUCACAUCAGCUGGAAAAGAAUUUCCUGAAAAUGACGAUAACUUACACGAAGUCGGCCAGCUGGGUGAUUAUAUUGAUGCCAUUGGAUUUGAUCUCAAUGAUGAUGGUUUGCCCUAUAAAUUUCAGAUAGAGUCUGGGACUUUACCUUGUGUAGCUUGUGGUAUUCUUGGUUUUCCAUUUAUGACUGUUUUGCAACCCUCUGAUAAAGCAUCAGUUGAUCUCCUUUCCAAUCUUGGAAAUGUUGUGGAGGGAUCUGCCAAAGAUGUUGCUGACAAAGCUAAGUUAAACAAGAUGGUUCUGCACCGUGUAAAUGAAGAUUCAUCAGUGGCAGAAACAAGUCAUUAUACGAUAUCUUCAAAAGCUGAAAUUGUCAGUGAAUGGAACACUUCUGAUGUAACUCUAAAGCCACGGAUUUUCUGCCUGGAGCAUGCGAUUGAAAUCGAAAAGCUAUUGAGUUCAAAAGGCGGAGCUAAUAUUCUCGUGAUAUGUCAUUCAGACUUCCAGAAAAUAAAAAGCCACGCUGCAUCCACAGCAGAGGAAAUCGGCCUUCCUUUCCGUUACACCGAAAUACCACUUGUGAAUGCCUCUGAGCAAGAUCUGAACUUAAUCGAUAUUGCUAUUGCUCAAGAAGAAAAAGCCAAUCAUGUGGAUGAAUGGACCUCACUUUUGAGCAUCAAUUUGCAGCACUGCGUGAGGGUCAAAAAGAGCACCCCUUCAAAGAACGUUCGGCAUUUAUUGAAUCUGGGCGGGUUGUUUUGUGACCCAUCGUCUCAAAUUUUAAAUGCGUCCGGCAUAAAAUGGGUGUCGAAAAAAUUGCGGUCAAAUUGUUUUUCGAAAAAAGUUCAGUCGUCUGGCAUACCAUCUGAGGAGAUGACAACGGGAGAAGAUGAUUCGACGGCUAAGAAAGAGAUAAAAAUCAUACACUAUUCGAGAAAAAGGUACAAGGCUCGUGCUUGUGCAGAAAAAAGGGGCCCCGAUGACAAAAUUGGUAAUUCAAGUCGCAAUUCUGAGGCAAAAGCAGUCGAGGUAAAUGAAAUCCCGAUAGAUGAAGUGAAUGAGCCUGCUGAAGGAUGUGAUGAUGAAGAAAAAGGCUCAACACAGUGUAACCUGCCAAACUGUACUGAUGAAAAUGCCUUUACCCAAUCACAGCCUGACGAGCAGCUGGAAGAGAAAAUUAUAUCGGGACAUAAUGAGACUGUAAGUGAAUCAACCUCAACAUUAAUCGAAGAACACAAGGGCAAAAAUGUCUUUUCUACUGGGAAGAAAGUUGCAGAUUAUCGAAAUGCGAAGACUGUAAGCAAAAGGAAAAGAGAAGUAGAUAUGCUUUCGUCUCAAUCUGACCAAUUCGAUUUGGGCGGUUUUAUUAGGAGCCCAUGUGAGGGUUUGAGGUCUAGAGCAAGACCAACUAAUGAUAACAAGACCGGAAAAUCAAAAAACACAAAUCUCUCGGUGGUUUCAAAGAACGAGAAGCAGCUGCAAAUGGGCCAUUAUCAAUGUGAGUUAGAUAAUUGCACCAUGAGUUUCCAAACGAAGGCCCAAUUAAUUCUGCACAAAGGAAAUAGAUGCCCAGUCCAAGGCUGUAGGAAAAGAUUCAACUCACACAAAUAUGCAGUGCAGCAUGCACGCGUUCAUGAUGAUGACAGGCCUUUGAAAUGCACUUGGGCCGGUUGUACAAUGUCGUUUAAGUGGGCCUGGGCCCGAACCGAACAUUUAAGGCUGCAUACUGGGGAAAGGCCAUAUACGUGCAAAGUGGACGAGUGUGGGCUUACUUUCAGGUUUAUGUCUGAUUAUAGUCGGCAUAGACGUAAAACUGGGCAUUUUGCAGCGUAA